AUGGCUGCGGUCAAUCCAGCCACGGCUGGAGGUCCAGUCGGCGGCGCGGCCAAUAUGAUGAUGGCAGGCAUGGACGGCGCAACGAGUAUGCCGAUCACCGCUGCGACCGAAGAGACCAAGGGCAGACUCAACACUUACAUCUACGAAUAUGUCCUCAAACUCGGUCUGCACGACGUAGCGCGUGCUCUCAACAACUCACAGGACAAAUUUAAGAUUGAUACAAAACCGAAGCAAAGUCCCGGGCGUAGGAAGGAUGCCGAAGCCAACGGCGAUACAGACGCCAUGGACGUGGAUAAGUUCGACAUCCCGAACGACCUACCACUGCCGAAUGUCGACUUCAACGCCCAAGGCGAGGGCUUCUUGGUCGAGUGGUUCAGCAUCUUCUCUGAUCUCUUCACCGCAGCGCACAAACAGAAGCAGGGUGGCAUGAACCCGGCUACCCAAUAUCUCAUGCACGCUCAGAACUUGCAACGCAUGCGGGAAGGCCAACAGAAUAAUCCGGGAGUCAUGCGGCCGGGAAUGAUGAACAACCAGUAUGCCAUGCGAGCGAAUAAUAUGCGACAGAAUGGCAUGGUGAACGGUGCCAUGGCUAAUGCUGAGAUGGCAAAAAGAAUGACACCUCAGCAGAUGAACAUGAUGCAGCAGAAGCAGAUGCAGGCCCAGCAGCAGCAAAACAUGCAACGAGAAGGAGGCGAUGUUGACAUAAACGGCCGCCCGGGCACACCCACAGAAGGCGACAAUGGCGGCUCACCAUCUAAGAGACCUCGGCUUGAAGGUCAACAGCAAUUCCAGGGCAACAUGAUGGCUAACGGCCGUCCGAUGCAAGCCGGCGUCCCUCAAGGCAUGAUGAUCCAGAACUCGUUCAAUCCUCAACAGAUGAACCAGCAAUUUCGGCCCAAUGGUGCGAUGCAGCAGCAAAAGCCCGGCAUGCCGCCUGGUAUGCCUAACGGUGCAAUGAAUAUGAUGCAGAACGCCGGCUCGCCCAUGAUGGUCGGUAUGAAUAACGGCCAAUUCGGCAACGAUGCGGCAAUGGAAAUGUACAACACUGGCCGCAUGGGAGGUCAAAUGCAAGGCGGACCUGCUGCCGCCCAAAGCGGUAAUCAUGCUCUACAAGAUUACCAGAUGCAGUUGAUGCUCUUGGAACAACAGAACAAGAAGCGUCUCAUGAUGGCCCGUCAAGAGCAAGACAACCAGGUCAAUCGUGAGGGUGCACCAAUGCCCGGCAUGGGAGGUACCGGAAUGUCGCCGUCUGGGAGCAGAAGUGGCACUUCGCCGAAUCCGACUGAUCAGAUGAAGCGGACACCACAACUCGGCGGUCUACCAGGUUCGCCAUCCGCCGGCGAAAAUAUGCAAGGCCGCUCGCCAGCUGGUAUGCAAUUCAUGAACGGCGGCGCCAUGCCCGGCGGUGAUUUCAACCCCGCCAUGUUCAUGGCCGACAAGCAAGGCAUGGGAGGCCCGGGUCCUAACAUGCGACCACCAACAUCAAUGCAAGGUAUGCAGGCUCGCAUGGGUGCUCAGUUCCAGGGAGGACAGCCUAUGGCUCAAAAUCCCUCGCAGGGUGGAGGACCCAUGGGUACACCAGGCCAGCGUAAUGAAAUGCCACCGCCACAGGCUCCUGCUGGCGGCGCUCAGCGAACCGCAUCAUCACCUGCGCAGAGUGGCAAUGCGCCACCCACCCCGUCGCAGACCAACAAGGCCAAUCCCAAGAACAAGAAGGGCAAGGACGAUGCCGCAAACAAUGCGGCUAACAACAAGAAGAAGCCAGCGAAGAAGAAUUCACAAGCGAACACUGCUAACGAUAGUCAAAAUACGCCAGCAGCUGCCACAAGUGUACCACCACCGGCAGCACAGCAGAUGCCUGCAGCGCAACCUGCUAUGCAACCGGACUUGUCGCAAAAUACCUUCGGCAAUUUCGAUCCGGGCUCCGAAAACUUCAGCCUUGAUUUCAGCACUCUGAACGACAAUACCGAUAUUCUGGAGAACUUCGACUUUGACAGCUUCUUGAAUACAUCAACCGACGACGCUUUCAACUUUGGCGACGGUGGUAUGGGUGUUGGUAAUGACUUCAGCCUGGACGCUGGAGGUGAUUAG